AUGGCUGCGCAGGACAGAGAAAUUCUCCCGGAUGCGGUCAAGCCCAUCAACUACCAUGUCUCGCUGUUUGAUCUGCAGCUGGGUGGUUCCUGGGCCUACAACGGUCUGGUCAAGGUAGACCUGACCGUGAAGCGCCCGACCAAGGAAAUCGUUUUGAACUCCAAGGAAAUCGAGGUUCAGACCGCCGAGGUCUUUGCUAAGGAUGGUGCCAAACUGGCGACGGCUUCCGACAUCUCGUAUGAUAAGAAAUCCGAGAGAGUCACCUUCACCUUUCCCCAGGAGAUCACGUCUUCCGACGCUGUCCUGUCCGUCGCAUUCAAGGGAACCAUGAACAAUGCCAUGGCUGGCUUCUACCGAUCCAAGUAUAAGCCCGUGGCCGAGCCUGCGGCUGACACCCCCAAGGAGGAUGACUUCUACUACAUGCUGAGCACUCAAUUCGAGUCCUGUGACGCACGUCGGGCGUUCCCCUGUUUCGACGAGCCGAAUUUGAAGGCCACUUUUGACUUUGAGAUCGAAGUUCCCCGGGGACAGACUGCUCUCAGCAACAUGCCCAUCAAGUCCGAAAGAGAUGGCAGCAAACCGGGUCUCAAAUUCGUCACCUUUGAGAGAACCCCUGUCAUGAGCACCUAUCUUCUGGCCUGGGCAGUCGGUGACUUUGAAUAUGUGGAGGCCAUGACCCAGCGCAAGUACAACGGAAAAAGCAUCCCGGUGCGCGUGUACACCACCAGGGGUCUCAAAGACCAGGCCGUCUUUGCCUUGGAGUGCGCCCACCGUACUGUUGACUACUUUUCGGAAGUCUUCGAGAUCGAAUAUCCUCUCCCUAAGGCGGACCUUCUUGCCGUGCAUGAGUUUGCCAUGGGUGCCAUGGAGAACUGGGGUCUGGUUACCUACCGGACGACUGCUGUCCUGUUCGAUGAGGGUAAAUCCGACACUCGGUAUAAGAACCGCAUUGCUUAUGUGGUUGCACAUGAGCUUGCUCACCAGUGGUUCGGUAACCUGGUUACAAUGGAUUGGUGGAAUGAGCUGUGGUUGAACGAAGGAUUCGCAACCUGGGUUGGAUGGUUGGCAGUGGAUCACUUUUACCCUGAAUGGAACGUGUGGUCUCAGUUUGUUGUACGCAACUCCCGAGGUGUCCAACAAGCGUUCCAGCUCGAUUCGUUGCGCGCCUCUCACCCAAUUGAAGUCCCCGUGAAGAACGCCUUGGAGGUUGACCAGAUCUUUGAUCAUAUCAGCUACCUCAAGGGAAGCUCGGUGAUUCGCAUGUUGAGCAACCAUCUCGGCCAGGAGACUUUCCUUCGCGGAGUGGCUGCGUACCUCAAGGCUCACGCAUACGGCAACGCCACCACAAAUGACCUCUGGUCUGCCUUGAGCAAGGCUUCUAACAAGGAUGUGAACAGCUUCAUGGACCCCUGGAUUCGCAAGAUUGGUUUCCCUGUCGUGACUGUGGCAGAAGAGCCCGGCCAGAUCAGUGUUCGUCAGAACCGCUUCCUCUCGACAGGCGAUGCGAAACCCGAGGAAGACGAGACGACCUGGUGGGUGCCGCUGGGCAUCAAGUCCGGCCCGAAGAUGGAGAAUGUGAACAGCCUUGCGCUCGUUUCCAAGUCAGACACCAUUCAGGAUGUCGGUCAGGAUUCCUUCUACAAGAUCAACAAGGACUUGUCGGGAUUCUAUAGAACCAACUAUCCUGCUAACCGCCUGGCCAAACUGGGCCAAUCGCUGGACCUGCUGAGCACUGAAGACAAGAUUGGCUUGAUCGGUGAUGCUGCUGCCCUUGCCGUGUCCGGAGAAGGAACCAGUGCUGCCUUACUGGCUUUGCUGGAGGGAUUCAAGGACGAAACCAACUACUUGGUGUGGUCUCAGAUCUCCGCGUCUCUUGGCAACCUGCGUUCCGUCUUUUCGCAGCAUGAUGCUGUGUCUGCGGGACUGAAGAAGUUUACGUCUAGCUUGUCUUCUCCCGCGGCCGAGAAGAUUGGCUGGGAGUUCAAGGAGAACGAAGACUAUCUCACCGUGCAGCUCCGCAAGCUUUUGAUCUCCAUGGCUGGAAUUGGUGGCGAUGAAAAGGUUAUCGCCGAGGCCAAGCGCCGAUUCGAUCUUUGGGCGAGCGGCAAGGACAAGAGUGCGGUGCACACCAACCUCCGCUCCGCCAUCUUUGGCAUUUCGGUGUCCGAGGGCAGCCGUGCCGAAUAUGAUGCGGUGAAGCAGGAGUACCUCAAGACGGAUUCGGUGGAUGGCAAGGAAAUUUGCUUGGCCGCGCUUGGACGGACGAAGGAUGCUGCCCUAGUGACGGACUAUCUCGACUUUGUGUUCUCCGAUAAGGUCGCCAUCCAGGAUGUCCACAAUGGAGCGGUCUCGUUGGCUGCGAACUCCAAGGUCCGCCACCUGCUCUGGGAAUACAUGAAGAAGAACUGGGCUGCAGUGGAGGCUCGGCUGUCGACGAACAACGUGGUGUUUGAGAGAUUCGUGCGGAUGGGUCUGUCGAAAUUUGCGGAUUCCCAGGUCGGCGCGGAGAUUACGUCGUUCUUCCAAGACAAGGACACCAGCGCUUACGACCGGGCCUUGGUGAUUGUGUCGGACAGCAUUCGGACCAACGCGCGGUACCAGGAGCGGGAUGAGAAGCUGGUGUUGGAGUGGCUUCAGGCUCACGGGUACGCAUGA